UGAUGAAUGACUAGGUUGAUUGAAAGACACAGUAACAAAUCGUGACAUAACCACUGUGAUGAAGAAAUAUCAGACUGUGUAUCAGUAGUUAGGGUCAACUACGAUGUACUGAAUCUCCUGUCUCUGUCCUCCGUGGCUGAGUGGUAGGUAGUCCAAGCCAUGUCGUGGUUGUGGCCCCUGCUCCCUGCCCUGGUGCUCUUUUCUGUGUUGUCUGUGGUCCGAGUACAGACUGCACCAUGCCAGACCUGCCGCAAGCUCACUGACAGCUUCAUCAAGGUAGAAGUCGUCUGUCUGUAUGUCUGUCUCUCUUCCCGUCUCUCUCACUCCCUCUGUUUGUUAGUUUGUCGGUCAUAUUGUGCGUGUUUGUAUCUGUUGGUAUCUCUAUUUUGCUUAUUGCUUAUGUCUCUGUCAGUAGCUGCCAUUUUACUCUCUUUGUUGUUCUGUUUCUGUCUUCACCUGAUGGUAUUUGAUUUUUUGUUUUUCCCAGGGACUGGAGAAAACAUCCAAUAAGAAUUUUGGGGGUGGCAACACUGCUUGGGAGGAGGAAAAGCUGGCUAAAUAUGCUCGCAGGUACUAUAGGCCCCACUAUGCCCAUGUCUCUAGAAUCUCUACGAAUAAGCAGUCUUUAGGACCUACAGUCUAACAUCUGUGUUUACGCAGAGGCAAGUCCACAAGGCCUGCUAAUCUCUGACAAGCCAUAGCAUGUUGUUGAGUGGCCAAUGCACCAUUAUUGCUAUAAAGGCUUGAAUCUGAUGCCACUGACCUGAAUCUGUUGUCCUUCUGAUUAAGCCAAGGCUGACAAGACGAGCUUAGUACCCCCUAUGUUCUUACACAGUAUGACAGCCUCUCAAAACUGUGUGUGUGUGUGUGAUACUCCUAGAGUGCAUAAUGGAGGAUACGAGGGUCUGUUAUUUGUUUUCUCUGUGCUAUGUUCGCUAGUGAAGUGUUCUACAUUACUCACUCUUCCCCUCCCAUCCUCAUUCUCAGUGAAACCAGGCUGCUGGAGAUAGUGGAGGCAGCGUGUGAGAAAUCAGACUUUGACUGUAACAAACUGCUGGAGCAGAUAGAGGACCAAGUGGAGACAUGGUGGUUCCACCGGUAUGUAUGCCACAUCGUGUCUGUUUGGAUCUGACUGUAAAUGUGUUAUUAUUAAAUGUGUACACUCCCCUCCAUAUGCAUUUGGACAGUGAAGCAACAUUUUAUUUGGCUCUAUACUCCAGCAUUUUGGAUUUGAGAUCAAAUGUGUCAUAUGAGGCAACAGCAAGUAAUUUCACCUUUUAUUUGAGGGUAUUAUCAUACAUAUCUGUUUUACCGUUUAGAAAUCGAAGCACUUUAUGUAUCUAGUCCCCCCAUUUGAUGAAGUCAUAAGUAUAAACAAAUUCACUUACAGCGUAUUAAAGUAGAUAAAAGUGUAGUAUUUGGUCCCAUAUUCCUUGCACUCGAUGACUAUAUCAAGCUUGUGAGUCUACAAACUCGUUGGAUGGAUUUGCAGUUUGUUUUGGUUGUUUCGGAUUAUAUUUUGGUGAAUAACACAUCUAUUGUGUCAUUUUGGAGUCACUUUUAUUGUAAAUAAGAAUAUUCUACAUUCAUGUGGAUGCUAUCAUGAUUAUGGAUAAUCAUUAAUGAAUUGUGGAAAUUAUGAGUGAGAAAGGCACAAAGAUCAUACCCCCACCAAAAUGCUAACCUUCCCCGUUAUUGGUAAUGGUGAGAGGUUAGCAUGUUUCUCACUCAUCAUUAUUAAUGAUUCAUUCAUGAUUUUUCUUAAUCUUGGCAUUACCAGGAUUAGUUUAGAAGUGUUCAGAAACAUCUUAUUUACUCACUUAGAAAGACAAUUCAUCCAGUUAUCAUUUACCAUUCAGUUCCUAUUGGACUACUUUAAUACAAUAUAAGUGAAUUUGUCCAAAUACGUAUGACUAGAUAUAUAAAGUGCUAUCAUUUCUAAACGGUAAAACAGAUAUGUAUUAAAAUACCCUCAAGUAAAAGGUGAUAUCUGUAAUGUCGUUUCAUUUGAAACAUUUGAUCUCAAAUCCAAAAUGCUGGAGUGUAGUCAAAUUUAAAAUGGUGGCUUCAUUGUCCAAAUUCUUUAUGGAGGGGAGUGUAUACAGUGCUGUGAAAAAGUAUUUGCCCCCUUUCUACUUUUGCAUGCAAGAGUGGGCCAAAAUUCCUCCACAGCGAUGUGAGAGACUGAUCAACAACUACAGGAAGCAUUUGGCUGCAGUCAUCGCAGCUAAAGGUGGCAAAACCAGUUAGAGUGUAAGGGGGCAAUUACUUUUUCACACAGGGGAAUUGGGUGUUGCAUAACUUACUUAUUUUAUUUAUUUAAUUAACUAUCUUUUUUUUUGUUAUUUGUAAACUCCGGUUCCCUUUAUCUAUUAGGUUUUGGUUGAAGAUCUGAUAACAUUAAGUAUCAAAAAUAUGCACAAAUAGAGAAAAUCAGAAAGGGGGCAAAUACUUUUUCACGGCACUGUAACUGAUCUGUGUCAAUGUACGUACACACCUAAGCAGUAUGCUAUUUGUGUGUCCUUCCCUUCUCACCACUGACCUUGUCACUGUCUCUCUCUGUGUGCAUAGACAACAAGAGGCUCCAGACCUAUUUGAGUGGUUGUGUAUAGAAGAGCUCCCACUCUGCUGUCCCCCGGGACGUUUUGGACCAGACUGCAAAGGUACUGAGAACACACAGACACACACACACACACACACACACACACACACACACACACAGUCACGGUAUUAACCCUGUGUGUUGUUGUGCUGCAGAGUGUCUGUCCGGUCCUGGAGGUGUGUGUGGUGGUCUGGGUCGCUGUGAGGGAGAGGGCACGCGUCUGGGAGAUGGAGAGUGCGUGUGUGACCCGGGGUACUUCGGUCAGCUGUGUCAGAGCUGUGCAGACGGCUACUACAGAGAGAAGAGCUCCAAUCACAGCACACCAGCCUGCGCAGGUACCCAUUCAGAAACAGUUUGCCUGUCUGAACAUCAACCAGACAGCCUGGCUUAUAUAUUAUCAAGCAAUCUCAUGUAGAAUGCUCACAAACCAAUACUUUAUCCUCUGUGUGAUGUCUGUAGCAUGCUACCACUCCUGUAAAAAGUGCUCAGGGCCAGAGAACUACAAAUGUCUGGAAUGCAAACCUGGGUGGCUCUUCCAUGACAACAAGUGUGUUGGUGAGUAUUUGGCUUUUGUGUGUGUAUUUGUGUGUCGUCCGUUGGUUUUCGGACUGUGUCUGCGUUUAACUCCUGCUGUGCAUGUUGUUUCCAGACACUGAUGAGUGUGGCACAGAGCUGGCUCGAUGUCCCUCCAACACCUAUUGCCACAACACAGAUGGAUCGUACGAGUGCAGAGGUACUGUAGGCUCUCCCUCUACUCUCUGCUAGUGACGGAGUAAUGACUGGUCCUGUUUGUUGUUGGUAGACCUGUGUGCUGACCCAGACCUCUGUCCUCUCUCCUCUGUGCCAGGCUGUGACCAGGCAUGUGUGGGCUGUAUGGGCAGUGGUCCAGCCCGCUGUAAGAAAUGUGCUCGGGGAUACAAGCUCAGAGGAGCCAAAUGUCUCGGUGAGGGAACUCUUUUUUACUAUAUGAUUCGGCCCAAGGGCGCAACGUUCACUGGGGACGGACGGACGGACGGUGGACAUGUCCCCCCCACAUUCUGAAAUUGUAUUUUUGUCCCCCGCCGGUUUUAUCAUUGGAAUGUGAUAUAAAACAAGGCAAACAGAGUUCUUUAGGACCAUGCGGACGCCUCCUAGCGGUCGGGUAGGCUGUUUGGAAUGUUUAUCCGACUGGAUAAAAAUAAUUAUGUCCCCCCCCCCACUUCUAAAACCAAAGUUGCGCCCCUGAUUCAGCCAAUCCGAUGAACCUUUUAUUAAAGCAGUCUGACUUAGUAUACACUCUUGUCAUGGGGUUCACUCUGUCCAUCUUUUCUUUCUCUCCCUCCCAGAUGUGGAUGAGUGUAGUGAGCGGGCGAUAGCAUGUCCAGGGCUGAAUGAGGCGUGUUUCAAUGACGAGGGGUCCUUCCGCUGUGAAUGUGCUGACGGCUUCAUCCGUAGAGACAGCAUCUGUGUGGAGAACCAGCCGCUGAGUAAGUGACACACACACACACAAACGUGAUAGUUCUUUCUGCAUGACCUACACACCACAGCAUCACAAACCUAAUCUCUCUCUCUUCCUCCGCCAUCUCCCCAUCAGGUGGUCCAGAGAAGGGUCUGUUUGAUGACAUGACUGAUGACGAGGUCCUGGUCCUGCAGCAGAUGUUCUUUGGCGUGGUCAUCUGUGCCCUAGCAACGCUCGCCGCCAAGGGCGACAUGGUCUUCACCGCCAUCUUCAUCGGAGGCGUGGCCGCCAUGGCCGGAUACUGGCUGUCAGAGAAGGGCGACCGCAUGCUGGACGGCUUCCUAAAGGGACGCUAGCCUAUCAGGAGCCAGGGAUAGAGGAGAGGAAGGAACUCUUGAAUGCAAGCCAAUGAGGGCGACAAAAACUCAGAGGGGGUGGGACGGCUAC